CUGACAUCUGGUCUGGUCUGAACUUAACACAGUUACAAUGGGCAAGAUUAUCUUCUACGAAGACAGGAACUUCCAGGGUCGUCACUACGAGUGCAGUAGUGACUGUCCUGAGAUGCAAAACCACUUCAGCCGCUGCAACUCGAUAAAGGUGGACAGCGGUUGUUGGGUUGCCUACGAGAAGCCCAAUUAUGGCGGCUACCAGUAUAUGCUGCACAAGGGCGAGUAUCCUGACUACCAACGCUGGGCAGGCUUCAAUGACUGCAUCCGCUCCUGCCGUAUGGUGCCACCUUAUAACGGGAACUACAGGAUGAAGAUCUUUGAGCGCUCUGACUUUGGAGGCCAGAAUCUGGAACUAAUGGAUGACUGCCCAGAUCUGCACGAGCGUUUCCAUACCCGUGACAUCUCCUCCGUCAAUGUCAUGGAGGGCUACUGGAUGCUGCAUGAACACCCCAAUUACAGGGGACGCCAGUACUUCUUGCGUCCUGGAGAGUACAGGAGGCACAGCGAGUGGGGAAGCACCAGCCCCACCAUCGGAUCUCUGAGACGUGUCACUGAGGUCAACUGAUUCCCGGCAUCUUCUUUUUUUUACCCUUAUUGAGCCCCACUGUCAAACAUCCCACCCUCUUGUCCCCCCUAAUGCCAGCACUGUUUCAGUGUGGUCUCAACAUUGUGGUGUCCAAACCUGAAAUCAUACGGAGGGUUUUGGUGAGUUUGAUGUUGGGUUCUGGUUUUGUUGGGUUGCUUUGCAUUGUUGGGUAAAGUUCCUCCCCAACUCAAGCAAUGCUCAAUAAAUAGUGAUGAUCUUUUUUGCUUUGGUCGUCCCAGAGCAAAAUGGUUUGCCUCGCCAGGUCCCCAACCUCCUGUCCUACUGGAAUCACAAUAAAAGAAAACUUGAUGAAAGUCAACUAAA